GAUAGCCUCCAACUUACAUGCUCGAACGAGCCUAGUUGAAGUCCCAAUCGAUGACUAUCGUGGACAGUCAUUACUCGGUCACGACUAAUCAUCUUGCCGAAAUCGCCCCGUUGCGUUGAUGAUGUGCCACCACACUGCCGAGAGUGAUGCCGUGUCGUUGGGUCAUCUCACCGCAUCUUCCCCGAACCCAAGUCCGGAUCUUCGUCCAGUGCCUCUUCCAGUCGAGGGAGAGCAUGAUAAGACCAGCGAAAGAAAAAGUCGAGACGAUCUUGGCAAAAGGGCCAGACGGCCAAACGGAAGGCCAUCGAAAUCCGACGGUUCACCUGUCUCCCAACGCCAGUCUUACCUAAACGCACGUCAGCGGUCACCCUCGCCCUUGGUAUCGAUGCCACCUUUCCAGCCCUCCCUUUCCUUCUCUCAGGGAGGGAUGAUUCGCAACUUGACUGGAGCAAGACUGGGUCAAGACGACAAAAAACGGCGGAAGAACAUGGGACCAGAACAAAGCGCUGUCAGAGACCUGCCAUCUACUACAGCCAAGCUCAACGGAUACUUCCACUUCAGUCUACCACAGCGAGUUUUCCAUCCCGCCAUUCGCCCUGUCCAGCCCCACCAAACCACACCAAACGUCAGUCGGUACAUUAUGAAAAAGCUUGGGAGACCGUCGGUGUCCUCCCCUUCCGCUGGUGUUGCGCACAGCCCACCCUGUUGUUUCGAAACUCGUCCCCUCCCUCCCCCACGGGCAACAAGAGAUCGGACCCAGCUUCACUCUUGAAUCAGACUGUAGCCAAUCGCAACCGGCCCGUACUACGAUAAUCCGCGCCGUUAUAGGAUUUUGUCUGCCCCGUCAAGUCGUCAACAGCACUUUUCAGCCCGCCCAGGCUGCGGGAAGGAAGUUUGGAACGCAAGGCACGCACACCAAGCUUUCAAGGGGUCCACCUGUUUGGCUCAGCUCAGCUUGGCGGACUACUCCUGACCAUCUUCAUCAUCUGCCGGUACCAGCGUACCAGCCUGCGAUUUCUGAAGAAUCAGCAGAGUCCGUCCCUGGCUCCCCCGUCUAGUGUCGGGAUCAAGUCGAUCCCACGUGAGGUCCCUGCCUCUGAUCCGCCCUCUUUACCCCAUUGGGAUGAGGUUGCGGUACAUGAAGCCGUUGUGCUGCAGGAACGUCCAACACGGAAUAGGCGAGGGAAAGAAGCUUAAUGUCGCCUCCGUCUCACCGGCCGGCUGGGCGAUUCGGGAGUAGAAACAAGGAAGAUCUCACACCACGUCCGCUAUAAGAGUGCAAUGGUCGCCAGUUAUCCCUCCCAUCUCAUGUGACGACGACCAAGAACCUUGAAUAGUUGUUGAUCCAACUUUCACCUAGCAUCGGAUAAUUCAUAUUCACUCCUUAGUAAUAACUUGCCAACUACAAGAAUCAGUCCUUACAAUACCAGCACACAAAAUGCACAGCUCAACAGCAGCCUUCCUCCUCGCCCUGCUGGGCACGGCGAGUUCCUCCCCUCUCACGAUUCAGCCCCGCCAGGCCGACUUCUCAGGGAAUCAGCAAGAUGGUCUCGCCGCAGGGUGCCAGUCCAUGAUCGUCAUCUUUGCCCGCGGCACCACCGAGGGAGGCAACGUUGGAACCAUUGCCGGCCCGCCCUUCUUCCAGUCCCUUGCUACUCAGGUCGGCGGCAGCCUUGCCGUCCAGGGUGUCGAGUAUCCCGCCGAUAUCCCCGGUUUCUUGGCCGGAGGUGACGCCAACGGAUCCCAAAUGAUGGCCACUCUUACUGAGCAAGCCAUCACCAACUGCCCCAACUCGGCCGUCAUCAUGUCUGGAUACUCCCAGGGUGGACAGCUCGUCCACAACGGUGCUGCAAUGAUGCAGCCUGAUAUGGUGGCCAAGGUUGCAGGUGCCGUCAUCUUCGGUGACCCGCUCAACGGACAAGCUGUCCAGGGCGUUGAUGCCGCCAAGACCAAGGUCAUUUGCCACAACGGCGACAACAUCUGCGAGGGCGGCAACCAAAUUCGCCGCGCUCACUUGACGUACGGCAACGACGCUGAUGAGGCCGCCACCUUUGCCGCCUCGAUGAUGCCGGCUACCGCGGCCCCUGCUGCGGCUUAAGAGGGACCCCGGCAGCCUUCUCAGAGUUGACCUCGAAGGCUUUUUCUUUUUUCUACCCACACUCUCGUUGUAUAUACAUAUCGUAAAUACUUUUUUGUGUGCACAAAAGCCCAAGCCAAACAGGUUGCACUCACUUAUCUACCUAC